GCGCUCUCGACAUAGUGUACACUCUCGCACUGUUAGCUUUUCUGAUCAUCACACAACACAGAAACACUGUGUUGCUAGUUUCACUCAGGGCAACAUUACAUUUGAAAAGCUGAGGAUCACGGAGACAGACAUUGUGUAGAAGCAACGAGGGAAGAUGGCUUGUGUUGUCCGUGGACACUUAGUCUUUAUUAGACUUUCAGCCCCCUGGGUCUUUUCUCUUGGCCUGACGUUGGAUUAAACAGCACAUUUAAAGACAGCAACCAGGUCGUCAUUGCUGUUGGCAAGUCACCGGUGACGUCCGUCCGUUGAAAUGUUUGAAUGACAUUUGAAUUUGGAAUACAAGCGACCAACAUCAUCUGACUGAAGCACGAUUCCUCAGGCAAAGUAUGGCAUCAGACGACAUUACAUGGGAACAAGUUUGACUCCACGAAAGACUCACAGUUACGCUGGAGCCUAUACCAGCUGACUUCAGGCAAGAGGCGGGGUACACCCUGGACUGGUCGCCAGCCAAUCCCAGAAAAAGCAAUAAUUGCCAUCAGAUCAGACCCUGGCAGUGACCAUGACAUCCCAGGGUCAACAGCAACAGGGGCGUAUCCUUGCCACCUUAUUCCCUUGCUGUUUCAAGAGUAAUGACCAACCAGAAAUCACGUACUACCAUGAUAAUACCAGCACUACAGCACUGGAACCCACCUCGCCAAUGCCCCCGCUUGAAGAAUUGGACUCCAUGUUCACUGAGCUGGUGGAUGAACUGGACCUCACAGAAGAGCACAGAGCUGGCAUGUUCGCUUUGCCAGCAGAGAAAAAAUGGAAGCUGUACUGGAGUAAGAAGAUGGAAGCAGAAGAGAAUCAAAAAGCAACCAGCUGGCCAGAAUAUUAUAUUGACCAACUUCAUUCAAUGGCUGCUAGAAAGACCUUAUCAGUCUUGGAGCAUGAGGAAGAUCUGGGAAGACAAAAGGUUGUAGAAGGUCUUAAGACAGCUCUGAGGACACAGCCUAUGAGAUUUGUGACAAGGUUCAUUGAUUUAGACGGCCUAUCCUGUAUCUUGAACUUUCUCAAGUCAAUGGACUAUGAGACAGCUGAGUCGCAGAUCCACACAUCACUGAUCGGAUGCAUGAAAGCUCUGAUGAACAAUUCCCAGGGCAGAGCUCAUGUCCUGGAACACAGCGAGAGCAUCAAUAUAAUUGCACAAAGUCUCAGCACUGAAAACAUUAAGACAAAGGUUGCUGUCUUAGAGAUCCUGGGUGCAGUAUGCCUGGUGCCUGGGGGCCAUAAGAAAGUGCUUGAGGCCAUGCUACACUACCAGACAUUUGCCUCAGAGAGAACACGCUUUCAGACUCUGGUAACAGAUUUAGACAGAUCCACAGGCCGCUACAGGGAUGAAGUUAAUCUGAAGACUGCCAUCAUGUCACUAAUCAAUGCAGUGCUGAGCCAAGGACCAGGCGAGACCAGUAUGGAGUUCCGUAUGCACUUGCGGUAUGAGUUGCUGAUGUUGGGCAUUCAGCCAGUCAUCGAUAAACUGCGCUCCCAUGAUAAUGCCACACUCGACAGACAUCUGGACUUUUUUGAAGUGUUGAGGAAUGAGGAUGAGCUUCUGCUGUCGAAACGCUUCGAUCUUGUUCAUAUUGAAACCAAAAGUGCAAGCCAGAUGUUUGAGCUGAUCAGGAAACGGCUGAACCACACCGAAGCGUAUCCUCACCUACUCUCUGCUCUGCAGCAUUGCCUCAUGAUGCCAUUUAAACAAAACACAACCAUGAUUCAAUACUGGGUGCUGUUGGAUCGAAUAGUUCAGCAGCUGGUUCUACAGACAGACAAAGGAGAAAAUCCAGACGUUGCUCCCCUGGAAAACUUCAACGUUAAAAACGUUGUUAGCAUGCUGGUCAAGGAAAAUGAAGUCAAACAGUGGAAAGACCAAGCAGAUUCCAUGAGAAAAGAUCAUCAGGAGCUAAAGCAACGUUUUGAAAAGAAAGAAAGGGAGUGUGAGACCAAGAAUAAGGAGAAAGAAGACAUGGUGGCAAUGCUGAACAAGAUGAAAGACAAACUGGAGCGAGAGUGCAACGAUCACAAACAAGCAAAGCAACAGCUGGCGGAAAUGUCGGCUCAGCUGCAGCAAAUCAGCUCUACAUCCGGUGUUCCUGGCGGCCCUCCUGUGACUCCUGGAAGUGUGGUUCCUCCUGUUCCUAUUUCAUCUACUCCUCUACCUCCUCCACCUCCCCCCCCACCGGGGGCCCCUCCAGUUUUUGGCAUUGCCCCAUUUGCACCACCUCCUCUUCCUCCACCGGGGGCUCCUCUAGGAAGCACCAAGCAGAAGAAUAUUCCCCGGUCAUCAAAUCCACUGAAGUCGUUCAACUGGAGCAAACUACCCGAGAGUAAAACUGAAGGCACAAUAUGGACAGAAAUUGACGAUCUCAGGGUGUUCAGAGUUCUUGAUCUGGAUGAAUUUCAGCGGACAUUCUCAGCCUACCAGAGGCCACAAAAAGAAACCGUCGAUGAUAUUGCCUCUGCAAGGAGAGUGAAGGAGCUUUCUGUGAUCGAUGGUCGCAGAGCACAGAACUGCAACAUUCUGCUGUCACGGCUUAAACUGACCAACGAGGAAAUUCGCUCAGCAAUCCUGUCCAUGGAUGAACAGGAAGAUUUGCCAAAAGACAUGCUCGAGCAGCUCCUAAAGUUUGUUCCGGAGAAAAGCGACAUUGAGCUGUUGGAGGACCACAAACAUGAACUAGAGCGAAUGGCCAAACCAGACCGCUUCCUGUAUGAUAUGAGCAGGAUCAACCACUAUCAACAAAGACUUUUGUCUCUUCACUUGAAGAAGAAGUUUGCUGAAAGAGUGGCCGACGUCAAACCUAAAAUCAAAGCUCUAUGUCUUGCAUCCAGGGAGCUCAUGAGGAGUGGACGUCUCCGUCAACUGUUAGAGGUGGUUCUAGCCUUGGGGAACUACAUGAACAAAGGGCAGCGAGGAAAUGCUUAUGGAUUUAAAGUCUCUAGUCUGAACAAGAUUGCAGACACCAAGUCAAGUAUUGACAAAAACGUCACUCUGCUCAACUACAUUGUGACUGUCUUGGAGAGAAAGUUUCCCAUGGUUGUGGCCCUCGGUGAAGAUUUGCAAAAUGUGCCAGCGGCUGCUAAAGUGAAUAUGAUGGAAUUGGAGAAAGAUAUCAACAAUCUACGAUCUGGCAUCAAAAGCGUUGAAGCUGAACUACAGUACCAGCAAGCUCAGCCCUCCCUGGGUCCAGAUGAUAAAUUUGUUCCUGUGGUCAGUCAGUUCAUCACUGUGGCGUCCUUCAGCUUGUCUGAUGUUGAAGAGUCACUUGGUGAAGCAAAGGAACUGCUUGGCAAAGCAUUACGGCACUUUGGAGAAGACGUGUCCCAGCUUCAGCCUGAUGAAUUCUUUGGCAUCUUCGACACGUUCCUCUCCGCAUUCUCAGAGGCCAAACAGGCCAACGAAGACAUGGCCAGACGUAAAGAGGAAGAGGAAAAACGGGCACUUCUGGAAGAAAAGAUGAAGAAAGACAGGGAGCAGAAAGCAAAGAAAGCUCAAAUAAAUGUGGAAGGAGAGGAGGGUGGUGAAUUUGACGACUUGGUGUCCGCUCUUCGCUCUGGUGAGGUGUUUGACAAGGGUCUUUCCAAAAUGAUUCGCAAAAAACAUCGGAGGCCAGAAACCUUUGACAACCGUGAGAGACCGUCAACGAAACUAAAUCAGUGAUUUAUCACGGAGGACUACAGCACCUCAGGGGGACACUAAAGAAUGUCCUGUCUCAGCCAUACAGUAAUACACCAUAGCCCCCUUUCCACCAAUAUUUCCACCAACUUUUAACAACAACUUUUUUUGAGCCCAGGUAAACCAUUUUUUACAGUGGCGUACCCCUUCAGACAUUUACACUUUUUUGUCCACAGACGAUGGCUGUGGUUUAAAUCCGCAUAAUAAUUGACUACCAAAUUGAAGGGGACAGUUUAACAUUCACGACAAAGCAGUAUCACCGCAGCACCGUGCGGAGAUUGGAACACCGAUAAAAGUGAAAUAUUUUGAGAUCAAACACUAUUAAUGCACAAAAUAAUCAUCAAACGUACUUAUUUGUUCAAAGCAGCAAGUGCACAACAUCGCGUGUUGCCUCCUUCCUGCUUCCUGCUCCGUUCCCCAUUGCGCCGUGAGGCGUUCAGGCGCACUCGUAAUUGAGAGGGUUAGGCAGUAAUUGUUUUUAAUUUUUAUUCACGUAGCCCUAUUACAAUUGGCGUAGCCUACACCUGGGGGUAUGCGUACCCCACUUUGGGAACCUUGGGUGUUAUUCGAAUCAGGCUAUGGGGAGGGAUAGAAUUUUACAAAUAAUACAAAAGGAUCAAAAAACGAAAACAAUCGCUGCAAAGAGGGAUCUUCAGCACACAAAACUUCCUGGGCUUCUGAAAAAGUCCUUUCUCACUACUCGUAUUGUUUCAUAAGAAGUUUGGGCUCUGUGGAAAGUAUUUUACCUUAUUAUUUUGGUGGAAACGAGGCAUGGUUCUUCAAUAUCCCAGGUUAAAUGGGAAACGUUCCUGCGGUGGAAACGGGGCUGAUGAUUUUGUAUUGCCAGGUACCAGUCUGGGCCGAUGUCUUCGCAGUAAAAAUUUGCCGUGUUAAUGAAUUGGAACGUAAUUUGCAAUGUGAUUAUGGACUCCUAACCACAUUAAGGUUGGACAAAAAGCAUGGACAUUUUUUUUUUUUUUUUUACAAAUCUCUCACGACUAUGUAUGUAAACAAAUAAAUGAAUAGAAAUGGUGCUGCUAGUUCCCCAUGCAUUGAAGUUGCACGAGCUGUCAUUGUAUGAUGUAAUAAAAUACUGUACACAUGCAGGUAAUGAGGAAGCAUAGUGCCAUCCUUUUUUUUUUUUUUUUGAUGCAGUAAGGUUGAUAUCUAUUUCUAUCUAAAAUGCACCCACAGUUCAUAAACGAAUCAAUAACAAAAACAACAAUGGAGGCGGACCACAGCGGUGCUGCAGCAGAGGAAGGCGCGUCGCUAAAAUCUUUACUUUUUAUACGUCAAGUUGGAACACAUCCUGUAGCUCCUCGGAUCCCUCGGGCACCUCAACCCCUCGAUCAUGACAAGGUGGUGAUUCGCAGAGGAGCCGUUAAAUUAUUGUUAGUGCAAAACAACAAACCGACAGAAUAAAAGAGGAACUGCUCAUGACUGGGAUUGAACUUGUGCACUUUGCCUUGAAGGGCAGCAGCUGUACCGUUACACCACCUGAGAAAAAAUUCAAAGAGCGGUACUUAACUGAAAACAGCUGCAGGUAACACAAUGGGCGGAAUAACUAGGCAACAAGGAGGAGUAGUUUCCGCCAUGCUUAAAAGCCAGCGGAGAUCAUUGGAGGCAGGUGUGCACCGCUGCAACAUAUGGCAGACAGCACAUGACAGAUGUAUGAAGACACUGAUACUGAAAGUUCCCUGUGCCUCUUGCACCACCCCCGACACCUCACCAUGGCCCGAUUUGAGCA